GUGACAUUUCUUUCCGACACGACAACUGUCGCUUCACAUCUUCCUUCACAGUAUCAUUCCCAUCGAGUCGAAAUUGAAGCAAAAUCACAAAACCUUUCAUCUUCCACCGAUUUUUAGCCAUUGAAAAUGAUGGGAGAACAUACGCGUGAAUAGUGUGCCAACUCAGGAGUUGCGAAACCAGAGCCCCGUUCCGUUUGGCUAGUGUUGUGAAAUUUCGGACCCAUUCAAGGUCCUUUGUUAUUCGGACGUCAUCCAACCAACAGUCUUGGCAGCGAAUUCGGCAAUCGAAUGAAGCCACGGCCGUCAAGCUAGAUGAAAAAUUACAACUACAGUAAACUGAGCCAACGGGACCUGGAAGCCAACUCUUCGGUCUCUUCAGCGGGCACUAGUAGCGGCAUCGGCAACAGCCACAGCUUCAACGGUUCGACUGUCAUCGAUACGGGAAUGUAUCUUCGGGACUGGCGGCAAGCCUUGAGGACUCCACCCUCGUACCGGAUCGGCAACCGGACCAUCCGGUUGCAGGUGCACGUCAUAUGGCCGCUGGCAGUGCUAGCAGCGAUACUGCUGUUCCUGUUAUACAUCAUCGGUAGCUCAACGAUGACGAGCGGGUCCAGCAUGGGCAAUAUGGACCGCAAUUCGGUGAUAUUUUACAACAGCACCUAUCCGCUAACUAGUCCGAUCGUGAGCAACGGGAUUUACUCGUUCCGGAUAGGGGUGAUUGCGGAUUUGGAUACGAAUUCGCGGGUCGGCGGCAAGGAUUCGUGGAAUAGCUACUUCAUGAAGGGCUACCUGAGCUACAUUCCCUCGAAGGGAACCGUUGCCGUUUCGUGGGACGAAACGGGACCUAGGGAGAUGAAAUCCAGUUUUUCGCUGAAAGGUCGGGGGAUGGAACUAUCCGAGCUGGUGGUGUUCAACGGAAAGCUUCUCACUUUUGACGAUCGUACCGGUCUGGUGUACGUAAUAGAAAAGGACAAUGUCUAUCCGUGGCUGCUACUGAUGGAUGGUGAUGGCAAGGCCAGCAAGGGAUUCAAAUCCGAAUGGGCCACCGUGAAAGAUCAGGUCCUCUACGUGGGCUCGAUGGGAAAAGAGUGGACCACAGCUAGUGGGGAGUUCGAGAAUAACAAUCCAAUGUUCGUGAAGGCGAUCACUGUGCACGGAGAGAUCUACCAUCUCAACUGGGCAAACAAUUUCAAGGCGCUGCGAAGUUCCAUCGGCAUCGAGUGGCCCGGCUACAUGAUCCACGAAUCGGGCGUGUGGUCCAGCGAAGCCAAAAGGUGGUACUUCCUGCCGAGGCGAUGCUCCAGGGAUCGCUACAACGAAACGCGCGACGAGCACAUGGGCUGCAACUAUCUGAUCACGGCCGAUGAAUCGUUCCACUCGAUCAAACCGAUCGAGCUGAAGCGGACGAAUUUUCCUCCCACGCAUGGGUUCUCCAGCUUCAAGUUCCUACCGACGACGGAAGACCAAAUCAUCAUAGCCCUCUCGACGGAGGAACUGAACGGUAAAACGUCCAGCUACAUCAGUGCGUUCAACGUGAAUGGGGAGAUGCUGAUGCCGGAAACGAGGAUACCAACGGAUUUCAAGUUCGAAGGUUUGGAGUUUAUUUAGGAGCAGUGGGCGGCUGCGCACACACUAAAACUAAAAUCCAAAGUCGAACUGAAUACCUUUAGCUAAAAAUGAAUUAUUGUACAUAGGUAGCGCCGUAUGCAAAGAUGUGUAUUUGUUGAAAGGCACGAUAUCAGGAAAGUAUUACAGUACUAAAUUUGAAUGCCAUAGUUUAUCCGUUGAUUUUUUUUUCGUUGAAACUAAAAAACAACAUUUUUCGUGUUGUUGAUUCCACAAUGGGAAUGCAAUAGUUUUACCCUCGUUCUAUUCAAAGCUUUCAGUAGAUUUUGUUUUAUUAAUUCAUCUCUAAUCUGAUGUGAUAUUCGUCUCUAAUUUAUUGAACAAUAGAUAAAAUGUGGAAUUGAAA